UGCUUUAUGGACUUCAAAAAGUUUUUCAAAACACAUUUAAAUCAUGUCUGUAAAACUAGGAAACAAUUUAUCUUAAGUAUACAUGAUAUAUACAGUGUGUCUGUGUGCUGAUAACUAUCUAUCUAUCUAUCUAUCUAUCUAUCUAUCUAUCUAUGUGCAAAUCUAUCAUAAGGAAAGCGUAGUUUUUCUUACAUAAUUAUAUAUUAUAAAUGUAAAUAUAUAUCAUAAAAAUAUAUGUGUGAGUCUGUGAUAGAAUAUGUAUAACCACAACUAAAAGCUGGACUAUACCAGACACUUAAGAGUUACAGGUGGACUAGUAGACUAGUUUCAUAUCACAUGAUAAUAUUAGGAGACUAUGUUAUAUUUUUAGGGUUGAUAAGUAAAUCUGGCAAAUUGUCAAUAAUCUUAAAUUAAAUAAGUAAAUGAGUAACAUAAUUAGUAUUUUGGGAUCCUAAUCAUUUAUAUAUGUUUAAAAUUUUAAGUGUUGUUUCUGGUGGAUGGAGGUGUCAUAUUUUGGCUCUAGGGUGUACCUCACAAUAAAACAUGGCAUGCUAGAAAAAGCAUUCAAAAAAAUUAGCUCUGAAAAAGUUUGACCAAAUUUUCCCUAUAUGCACGAUUAGAUGAAAGUUUGUGAGGACUUAAAAAAACUGUAAUUAAUAAAAUUUUUGUUGAAAAUAUCUCUCCACUGAAAAUGUUCAGCCCAGUAGUAAAGGUUUGUUUUCCUGUGUAUCCUCUCACAGGAGUUACAGUACACCUAAGCUCUGCUUCCACUGAUUCUGCCUGAUUCUAACCGCGUCCUUGUGUGAAAUACUAGCAGGAGAUUUGGAGCCUUUUUUCUGUUUAAAAGUAAUGAAUUACAGCGAAGAAAACGGGGGUGCAGCCAUUUAAGGAUAGAGCCGAGAAUUUGGUGUCUGCAGCGGCCAGCCAUCCAUCACGUGCACAAUAAAGGAGUUUUUGCCUGACGGUCUAAAUUUAUGGUCGCCCUUCUCUGCCCUAAUAACUCAAAGCGCUGUGUCAGAGGCUGACAGCCGGAGCCGAAAACAGCCCCCCCUGUUAUCAAUCAAAAAACACUUGCAUAUGUUUAACUUUCGCCUGAUCAGCAAGACAUUUAUAGGCUAUUGAGUAAUAAGAUAAGUGGGUCUAUUUCUAUGGGAAGAAACGCGGAAGCUUUCAAUGAUUAAUGGGAGUCACAAGAGGAAUUUUGCGCGCUCUUGGAAUAGAAAGAGGUGUUUUUUUUAGUUGUGUAUGAAAGGAAGAAGCGUGUAUAUGACUAGAAAUAAAUACACUAGAAAAAAACAAUUCAAUUAAGCAAAUUAAGGUUUUUAAUUUGACCACACAGGUAGAGGUUAGGGCCUAAUUUAUGAGGAAGGGAGAGAGACAAGGAGAGCUACACAUCACAUCUCCUCUCCUCUCCACGUGGAUUCACUUUACAGCGUUUGACCUGAAUCUGACUGAGAAGAGGCACAAAAAUAAGUGCAGACAGCUGACAGAUAGCUGGCAUGCAGGACAGGGGAACUGACAGAUGACACUUUGCGUGAUGGAGAGGAGAAAGUUGCAGAAAAUGUGAAACAUGCCGAUGGAUAGCUGUGCACGUGGGGAGGAAAAUCUGACGAGAAAAGGCACACUUUUUUUUCUUCUAUGACUAAAACCAUCCAUCAAAGGGUGAAAAGUCUGAUCUUCAACAGCAUUGGGGAGCAAAAAAAUGAGCGUGAAUGAAGAAAAUAAUUAAAAAUUGACGCGAACAAGAAGCGCAACCGUGCUUUUGGUCUGAAAUGCGUAUUUUUGUUAUCAUUUAUUCACAAAAUAAACAUUUUCUCAAUGUUUAGGCUACUUCUAUAAAACGCCCUUUUUAAGAAAGUCUCGUUUCCUCUUCUAUCACCGAGCUGGCCUGGCUUUCCCUUCCUAAAAACCACACAAGAUGUAUUAGUGGCGCAUGCGUCAAAGCGCCAAUUACGCAGAGACGCACAUAAAAACUCCGGAUUAAAAGCUGCUCAGAGUGAGUGAAAUGUGAAAUACACCCUCGUGUGAGGAGGAAACGUCACAUUCACUCGACCCCCCGAUCACCUCGGGAUCUCUCUUUGAUUGGGAGGCGGCGCAGGCUCUGAUCUGCGGACUAACUCAGAUGCUGCUCUGGUGGAGGAGGAGGAGGCGGAGUGAUCUCUCGUGUAGUCUCGUAAACCGAGUCCGCUCUCGGACCUGCAGCCACACUGUCAGAGCGACGCCAGGGUGAAAGCAGCGCGGCUGUGAUUCACGCGGAUUCUGCUCACACGCGCGUCUCUCUUAUGAGGAUUUUACAUCUGUUGUCUUUGGCUGUACCCGUCUGACGUCUUCGUGCGCCGGCUUUCUCUUCCUUUCCACAUGUAUUCUUCAACCAUUUCUACGAGAAUUGGGUCAUGAUCACAUCGCCCACGGUCUCUGUCCUGAGAAAUAGCACGAAUCCAGCGUGGGAGAGCGGCUCUUCGGGGGAGAAGGGCACAGAGAAGAAGAGCAGAAACCAAUCCGUCCACAACUCCGUCUCUCCCGCAGACCCUUCUCGCCAAGCGAACCGUCUCCCCAUCAAGGUUUUGAAAAUGCUCACGGCGCGAGCAGGACACCUUUUACACCCGGAGUACCUUCAGCCUUUGCCGUCCACGCCCGUCAGUCCCAUCGAGGUGAGAAUUGAGGAGAUUUUGGUGGAAAUGUUCGCACACACAAGUAUUUAAUGGGCUGGAAAGCUCUCCCACUCUUCGUGUUUUCAGCAAAGUAGGUCGAUGACUGAUGUAAAACAAGAUUUUAUCAUAUAUUUAAAAAAUUCUUCGACAGAGAGAGAAAGAGGGGAGAUAAUCCUCAUAAUUAUUUGGAUUUUGAACCCCAUGAUUCAGUUGAUUUCUGGUGUUCCAGGUUGUUUUUUUUCAUCGGUUCAGGUUUGGUUUCGCUGAGAAAUUUAAUGACCUUGUUGUUGCAAAUUGAUGCUCAUGUUUGACAUUUUCGACGCGUGGCAGCUGCACAGUCUUAUCCAUCUCCUGUACACGAGCCCCCGUGUGCACAUUACCCCUCCGCACGCUCAUUGCGCUGAGUUGUUUUGAGUUUCGUUUCGAUACAAGUUUAUGCGCAAUGCGUAAAUUACGCGGAAUGCUCUUUAGAGAGUAUGUGCCGCAAAACUCUGAUCUUUUCAAGUGCUUUUGUGGAUUUUAUUAAUGGUGUUUUGUUUUAUUUCACAGCUGGAUGCCAAGAAAAGUCCCUUGGCUCUUCUGGCCCAAACGUGUUCCCAGAUCGGCAAACCGGACCCGCCGUCCUCCUCGAAGCUCUCCUCCGUGACUUCGAAUGGAUCUACCGACAAGGAGAGCAAAUCCGGCCCGCUGAAAAUGAGCGACAUCGGAGCCGACGACAAAUCCAGCUUCAAACCUUACUCCAAAUCAUCGGAGAAGAAGGACUCGAGCGGCAGCCUGAGUGGAGAUAAAACCAGUUUCCGAGUGCCUAGCGCCACCUGCCAGCCGUUCACCCCCAGGACAGGCAGCCCCAGCUCCUGCACUUCCGUGUCUCCUCUGCCGGUUGAGGGCAAAACGGGGGAAAAGGAGGAAAAGAAAGAGUCUGAUAGCAAUAAAAGCAACUCGACGGAGAGUAAUGGCAGCCAUCGGAUAAGUGGAAUUACCUCUGAUGGCAGCCAACUCCAGGAGAACACAUCUGGAUCCAAGACUGUUACAUCAGACUCACCAUCUGUGACCUCCUCCUCCUCUUCCUCCGUGCUCUCCUCCGGACUGGUGGCACCUGUUUCCCCCUACAAACCCGGGCAUACAGUUUUCCCCUUACCCCCUGCUGGUAUUUCCUACCCUGGAAGUUUGGCUGGUGCUUACGCAGGUUAUCCGCAGCCGUUCCUCCCUCAUGGAAUGACCCUUGACCCGACCAAAUCCAGCAGCCAGCUCUUGAGCGCACAGUUCGCUGCAGCCAGCUCGCUGGGUUGCAGUAAAGCGGGGACGAGCCCUUUAGCUGGAGCUUCUCCUCCUUCUCUAAUGUCUGCUAGUCUGUGUCGGGACCCGUACUGCCUGAGCUACCACUGCACGAGCCAUUUAUCCGGGGCGUCUGGUGCGAACUGCGCGCACGAGUCUGCGGCGGCUGCAGCUGCUGCUCUCAAAUCCGGAUACCCGCUCAUGUACCCAACACACCCGCUCCACGGUGUGCACUCCUCGACCCCAACUUUCAGCGGACACCCCUUAUAUCCAUACGGGUUUAUUCUACCUAACGACCCCCUGCCACAUGUGUGUAACUGGGUUUCUGCAAACGGACCGUGCGAUAAGCGCUUUUCCUCCUCCGAGGAGCUGCUCAGCCAUUUGCGGACUCACACGGCCUUUGCCGGCACGGAGAAGUUGAUAUCUGGGUAUCCCGGCUCUUCAUCGCUCGCUAACGCCGCUGCCGCCGCUGCCAUGGCGUGUCACAUGCAUAUUCCCCCAAAUGGAAGUCCAGGCAGCGCCGGCACGCUGGCCCUCAGAGGCCCCCACCACCCCCUCGGACUGAGCAGCCGCUACCACCCGUACUCAAAGAGCCCACUGCCCACACCCGGGGCUCCUGUGCCGGUGCCUGCGGCUACAGGGCCUUACUACUCCCCGUAUGCCCUGUACGGACAGAGACUGACAACAGCCUCAGCCUUGGGAUACCAGUAGAGACAGAGAAUUAUACGUUUAUAAAAGGAGAUUUAGGCCACAUGAGUUUUAUAUUGUACUUCAUGCAGGGACUGGAUCCGCGUGGGGAUCAGUGUAUUUAUUUGCGAUAGCUUCAAGCGUGACUAAAAUAAAAAAUAAUAUAACUUUGAAAAAAAAAAGCC